AUGUCGACGCCUCCACCAGAACUGAAGGACGAGCUCGUCGAAGAGAUCCUGCUCCGGAUCCGGCCCGACAGUCCGGCGAGCCUCGUCUGCGCCGGCCUCGUCUGCAAGACUUGGUGCCACCUCGUCUCCGAUCCCGUCUUCCAGCAUCGGUUCCGCGAGUUCCAUCGCCGACGCCGAGCACCACCACCCAUGGUCGGCUUCCUCACCUACUCUCAUCACGACGUCGCCACUCGCUUCGUUCCAACAUCGGCCUCCGGCGGCCUGCUUCGCCAUGGCAUCCUACGCGGACUGAAGCCGUGCGACUCGCGCCAUGGCCGCGUCCUCCUCCACACCACUGGUUGCGAGCACGACCCCAUCCGAUUGGUCGUCUGGAACCCUAUCUCAGGCGACCAGCUCGAACUCCCCGAGCCGCCAGCACGGCUUCCAUACGUGUGGUCUGCUGCGGUGCUCUGUGCCGCCGCCGCCUCCACCGCCGCCGGUGGCGGUGCGUGUGACCACUUCGACUGCCAUUGCCGACCCUUCGUCGUGGUCAUUGUGGGCACCGGAUAUUUCAGGAACAAGACUCGCGUCUAUAUCUACAACUCGGAGGCUGGUGCAUGGAGUGAGCAGGUUGCCUAUGCUCGGCACUCCGGUGGCUCCAUUGACAGAUCGGUGCGCAGCACCCUUGUGGGGAAUACACUCUACUUCUUGCUUCGCAAGUUUAUGCCUGAUUACCCUAAUAAAAAUAUCCUCGAGUAUAAUUUGGUCACGAGGGGAAUAUCAGUUGUAAAGCUACCCAAAGCUUGCAGGAGCAAAAUAAAUGAAGCAUCAUUUGGACCAAUUGAGUUCACAACCAUGGAGGAUGGUCGCCUAGGGUUUGUAAGAGUGGAGGACGAUUCGAGACUUUGCCUCUGGUCAAGGAAGGUUGGAGAACCAGGAUGGGUGCUAUGCAAAGCCAUCCGUCUGGCGAACUUGGUCCCCUUUCAUGAUGACUCAUGGGACUGGGCUCAAUGGCGUGUUUUAUUUGGCUCGGCGGAAGGUGUCGGUAUCAUAUUCCUGACAUUCAAAGGUGACCUCUUCACAGUUGAUCUAAGGUCUGGCCAGAUGACCAAGGUUUAUAAACAUGCGGACUCAUGCCUCACCGUUCCCUACAUGAACUUCUGCACUCCAGGUACAAGACGCAUACAUAUAUCUGUGGCUUGCUUAUUUACUCUUGAGAACGAUUAG